ACUGCACGCUGACUGCUGCUAUUUACAAUGAGAAUGGCUGUGAAGGUGCUUCCCUGCCUGCUCCUGCUCACCCUCUGCUCACAACUGAAAGACUGCUGCUAUUUACAAUGAGAAUUGCUGUGAAGGUGCUUCCCUGCCUGCUCCUGCUCACCCUCUGCUCACAACUGAAAGGAGCGGCGGUGACUGUGGGCAUCUGGAAUCGCGGUGCUCUUGUGGAACAGAAAGGCUGGAUCACGGUGAACCGCUCCGAGGCGGUGACCCUGGACUGCCGCGUGGAGGGGGCUGAGAAAGAGGAGGAGCUGGUGUGGUACCGGGAGAGAAUGAGGGUGAACCUCCCACCCCACAACAAGCUGAACUACAGCAGCAUCUGCAUCAACCCCAUCUCGGACACCGACCAUCUCGUUACCUUCGCCUGCCACCUGAAACGAGAUGAGCUGGUCAACGCCUCUGUGCAGCUCAACGUUCAGUUCCCCCCCUUGCUGGCUGGCUCAGAGGAGGUGAGAGUGGAGAAAGGGAACGAGGUCACCCUGACCUGCGAUGUGUAUUCGAACCCCCGGCCGGCCGUGUCCUGGAGCAAAAACAGCAGCAGCCUGGACAUCGGGCUGCACUGCCAGCUGAUCCAGGACGGGAGAGAGGCUCGGCUCCACAUCACCAAGGCACAGCCCUACCACCAGGGGGAGUACAAGUGCGAGGCCACCAGCAGCCACGGCAGCUACAGCAAGACCUUCCAGCUUCACGUGGACGGUAAGAGUAGCAGAGUCCCAUUUGAGCCCAUCGUAGCCGCAGUGGUGGUGGCUGUGUUGACACUAGGCAUGGCAUUCAUUUCCAGAAUAAGGAGGAUAGCCAAGUGCUGCAAGAAGGGUGAGCUGCCUCCCACUGGCCAGUAGACUACAGCUGGCUGAAGAUCCUCGUCCCUCAAUAUGAACUGAAUAAACAGCUAUUGUUUAAAGCUGAGGGAACACAAAGCCACUUUGUGGUAUGGAACUUGACUUCAGGAGACUAGGUUUCAGGACACUGCAUGGGAGACUUGGGGUUUGGUACAGCAGCCUCAAACUAGGUCUCCUGGUCUCCUGGAACCAGGUUUCAAGCCGUGUUUCCUCAGCUUUAGCAUCCUGGAUCUGCCACUGACUGCCUUCUGAUCCAAGCUACAAUUCCAGUAGAAACAGCAAUGCAGUGUUUGGUUUGAUUUGAACCACGCCUCCCUUAUUAAACGACAUGCACACUCA